AGCGAACAAAGAGAUCUUCGUCGCUUCUUUCAAAUUCCGGUGAAGCUGUUUUCUUGACCCAGCAAGGCACCCCGGACCGUUCCUGGCUGUGACCAGAACGCGACCCUUCUCAAGUGGACGGGCACUGUGGGCCGGACUGUGUGUCGCCCGGAGCUGUGAAGGAGCAGUCCUGUCUCUCUCCAUCUUUCUUCUUUUCUCUUCAAGUUGAGUUUUGACACCUCACUAUGCUUCCCUCGCUCGUCUUUUUUUAUUUGCUGUACUCCCUCUGCGGCUCAGAGAUGCCCCGAAGCUCCUCCCGUCGUGAUGUAGAGGACUGACGCAGUGUUGGAAAGCGGCUGCUUCGUUCGGCACCUCGUUUGCUGAAUUUGAUCUACCACCCUCGCGUCUAUCUUCUCACCUUCUCCGUUUCCCAGUGCAUGGGAUGUCUCCUCGACACUCAGAAAGCAGCCGGGGCGGGAAGUGAGACGUCGGGGGGAAGAGGCGACUUGCUUUCGCUCCGCUGAAGAUUUCUCAGGAACUGAAAUGUCUCCUACAUUGCAUCCGGAAGUUGCGUGACAGAUGACUUCAUGUGCGCAGGCACCCGCGCUCGUCCGGCCUGCAUGCAUCUUCUUUCUUGUCUUGCGGCCCGCCUUCUCUUCUGACUCGAGCGCCGUCGCAGGCGCCAACCCACUAAGAAGAGUUCUUCUCGCUUCCACCUUCGUUGGCGUCCACGAGGUACGGGUGGAGGCCCAAGGCUAGAGACCGACCCUGUCUGUCUUCUCGGCUCAAAAUGGAACAGAGGAGUGCGAAGAGACUGGAGAGAAGCGAGGGAGAAGAGACAGGAGCGGGAGCAGAGGACGGCGAGAAUCACAGGAGAAAGACUUGAGAAGAAUCAGAAGGAGGUUGUGUCCUCCUCCAUCUUCCUCGCCACUAGCCGGGUCUCAAGAACAGCGUUUCCAGGCUCAGUAUUCUCAUUGGGGUGCCUCGAGCCGCAGGUCGCGCCCGCGUCCUUGACACGCUCGUACGUCGGCUGAACAGCAGGGGACUGUCUCCGUUGCUGUCUUCUUCUUCUCUCGACGACAUCUGUCGCGUCCGCCGACGGAGCAGAGCCACAAUGGCCGAACGCUUCAACUGUGUUCUUCGCCGCGGCCUCCCCGGAGUGGCUUCCCUUGUGUCUUCUACUUCCUCGGCUCUUCCAUGUGAGCCUUCUUCUCUCCAGCUCGCUGCUGCAUCCGCGCGUAUCCUCUCUGCCCCGGCUUCGUCCGUUUCCUCGAGGUCUCCUGCGUUUCCACCUUCACCUCUUCCGGGCGCCUCUGGCGGCUCUUCGCCGUGUUCCUCGCUCUCGCCUCCCGAGAGUCUCCGCGGUCUUUCUUCUCGACGCUUAGCUUCUUCUCUCUCCUCGUCUCCACAGCUUGGUCCUGUCCUUUCGGCGUCCACUGGAUUUCCCUCAAACUCGAGACGCUCGCCUCACGCAUGUCCUGGCACCUCCCGUCUUCCUGUCCUGCCCCUCGCGAUACAGAGCAAGGGCCUUGGUGUCUCCUUUUCCAGUCGCCGUCUUGUCCCUCCCGUUUCUUCCUCCGCAACUCCUUCCUCCGCGGUUUCGUUUUCCACCAGGUCUCCUCUCUGCGGUGUCGGGUGCCGCGCCUUGUCUUCGCCGCCGUGUGGAGGGUUGUCUGCUGGCUCUCUGUCUCCUUUCGUCUCUGUUUCCGCGCGUUUGUCUUCUCUCUCUGCACAUCGGGAGGAGCGAGAAACGCCUGCUGAGGAGGUCCGCGGAGACGCAGGAGGUCGCUGCCGCCAAACGUCGACGACGUCUGCACCUUCUCGGCCGCUGCCUCUCUGGUUGAGGAGCCUCGCGCCCCCCCAGUUCUGCCUGGAAGCCGAGCACGGCCGUUCCGGUGCCAAGGCAGACGACGCGACAGAGGAGAACAGACAACCUUCCUCUCCUUCAGAGGAGCGCAAUUCUGUCGCGUCGCGAACACAGAAGGCGGGGGCAGGGCAACCGCGCGUCGAACGCGGGAGUCGUCGAAGCCUUUCUGAGCACUUUCAUUUGUGGGGUGUGGCGCCAGAAGCAGACAGGGCGAGAACGGCGGAGACAGGGAGAUGGGGAGAACAGGGAGAGCUCUCUUUUUGGGAGAAGGGGACAGCUAACGAAAUCGUAGGUUGGGGGAGAGAAGCAGAGUUGGGGCCUGAGGGAGAUGAGCGCGAGGGAGGGGCGACCAGUGGCGGGGGAGACGAUUUGUUUUUGAAAGCAGUCGAGGGAGAAGAAGAUGAACAGCGACCAGAAGGUGGCGCAGAAACGCUGACAGAGUUGACGGAAGGAUCACACCGAAAGGCUGCAAAGAAACGGGAGGGAAGUCGCGAGACCGACGAAGUGAAAAAACUCACGUUUAUCGCCAGUCCAAAGAAUGAACUCAUCAAACACAUUGUCCGACUCAAAAGGCGAAGUGAUCUAGGACGGCGUUACGAGAGCGUAGUGGUUAUGGGCCUUCCUCUUGUCCGCUUCAUGUGCAGUCCAGAGUUUCGGCGCUUCGCUUCGCGUCAGGGGGGCGAGGUGUGUCUGCCUGCUUCAGAAUCGCGGCAGCAAGAGUCCUGUGUGGCGGAGGAGGCAGACGGCGCAGACGCCAGAGACUCCGGAAUCGAGAGAGAAACGGUGGAUCUGAGUCAAGGAGAGGACGGAAAAAAGCAGGGUGAUGUGCCGCUGAAGUUUGAACUGCUUCUGACAGACAAUCCGGCCAUAGCCGGUCUUCCCUCGGCGUUUCAUCUGCAUGCGCGGGAGACGCGCUGCACGUACAGCGAAGUAAUGGAGUUCCUCAUGGCUCGACGGCCGCUCGAGUUUCUGCCCAAGAAGGAAAAGCUCGGAAAGCGGAAAGAAGACAGAGGCGGGUGCGCUGGAAAGGGCAAAGAUUCCCUGCUGCUGAAGCGAAGGGACGUCCACGGCUUUGGGUUUCCCUCCAGCUCUCCAGAAGACGCUGCUGGCGCAGAGAUGCUGCAACCGGGCAUGUCUGUCAAAACCGGGAGCAAACAAGUAGUCGGCAUUCUGAAGCGGCCCCGGGAAAGCUUCGAUUUCGGACCUGCCAAGUGCAUUCUGGCACUGGGUGGAGUGAGAUACGUGUGGAACGUUGGCAUCCUCGUUCGUACGGCGGCCGCCCUUGGCUUCGAUGGCGUCUACUAUGUCGACGGGACUGCAGAUCCGUUCAACUGGAAAGUGAUGGAAAUCAGCCGCGGGCUCCACUACAACCUGCCUCACUUCCACGGUUCCGUUGAGAAUCUUCUGCGCAUGUGCGAAGAAAGCGAUUUGCUGCCCAUUGCAGCGGAUACGACCGGCGAACGGCCCGAAGCAUUCCAAGGCGCGGUGACGAAGCACAGAGGUAUCUGUUGUAUCCUCGGCAACGAGUCUCACGGUCUUUCCGAGCUGAUUCUCCAGCGCUGCAGAAGGGUUGCGUUGCCUAUGUCGUCUCUUCUCGAUUCGCUGAACGUCGGUAUUGCUGGGGGAAUAGUCAUGUAUGAAAUGAAGAAAAUCCUGGCGAUGGGAGCUGGGGAAAGCGACACUUCGAGGGGCGCAGGAAAUUGUCGCUUUUCGAGUGAGAGCGAGAAUGGAAACCUGAAGGGUUCUCAACUCGUGGCUGUGGGUCCAUAACGAGUCCGGAUCAUGUCGAGAAAAAGCAACGAAUCGGAAACUGCAUUACGUAUGGCGGCGGCCUCUUUUAUCAGAUCUGCCCGGAUGUAAACGCAUUUCGGAGAGCGCCAUGAAACAGUCUAUCCAGGAGUGGGAAGACAGUUUCAACCUGCUUUCCGCUACACAUGCCCAACCCUACAGCACAAGUCGACGUGCAUAUGGCAUGUUUUGUGAAGAAAGCGGUAGGAAAUGUACACGAAAUUCUGGUCAACCUCAAAUGUCCGACCCGAAACCGUACGUGUUUGUACUGUUUGUACACUGUGCACAACUGUACGACCAUGUAGUGUAAAACGAAACCGGAAACGUUCUCUCCAAAGAGGAACUGCGUGCGGUUGAUGUUACGCGCUUCACCGCUUUAAGCGUGUCACAAAUUAAUGUGCAUGUUAAUGACUCUAAUGAACC